GCGCGUUACCAAAAAAUAGUGGCGGUGCCUCUUUCGUCUCCAUCUAUUCCUCUUGUUCUUCUAUAUCUUAGCACAGCGGGUUGAUCCAUUUUCUCUGAUAAGCGAGGAGAAAACUUAGGUAGCCGAUCGGUAUCGUAUCGUCAGAAAUAGCCUGUUAGUGAAGAUUGAACAUGGGAGGUGGAAAAGAUAAGCAUGAUGAAUCAGACAAGGGUUUAUUUUCAAACUUAGCACACACUAUUGGUGGGCAAGGAUACUACCCUGGAGGCUACCCUCCUCCUCCAGGGGCAUAUCCACCACCACCUGGUGCAUACCCACCGCAAGGGUAUCCACCUCAGGGAUAUCCUCAAGGCCAUGGCUAUCCUCCAUCGGGAUAUCCGCCUGCCGGAUACCCGCCAUCAGGAUAUCCCCCUGCCGGAUACCCGCCAUCAGGAUAUCCCCCUGCCGGAUACCCGCCAUCAGGAUAUCCGCCUUCCGGAUAUCCACCGGCUGGAUAUCCUGGUCCAUCAGCUCCACACCACGGAGGACAUGGAUCCAACCACACGGGGGCAUUGCUGGCCGGUGGAGCAGCAGCAGCAGCUGCUGCCUAUGGCGUGCACCAUUUGUCACAUGGGCAUCAUGGGCAAGGGAUGUAUCCCCACGGAUUCGGCCACCAUGGAAAGUUCAAGCACCACAAGCACUACGGCAAGUUCAAGCAUGGGAAAUUUAUGGGAAAGCAUGGCAUGUUCGGAGGCAAGCACAAGUUUUUCAAGAAGUGGAAGUGAUGCAAGUUAAUAUCCUGAUGCUUGGUUUGGAAACUAUGGCUGUAUAUCCAUACGUUUCAUUGUUGGAGAGUGUUGCGCUUUAAAUUUAUUCAGUUGGGAUUUAGCAAUCUGGAUGCUCGUAAUUAACUCUGUUUUCUAUUUUUAAUACAAUAGAUAAUAUAUCUCGUGAACUUUAUAUUCUA